AUGUCCGAGGCCAAGAGCGGCCCCGAGUACGCUUCCUUUUUCGCGGUCAUGGGCGCCUCAGCCGCCAUGGUCUUCAGCGCCCUGGGCGCUGCCUAUGGUACAGCCAAGAGCGGCACAGGCAUCGCAGCCAUGUCUGUCAUGCGGCCAGAGAUGAUCAUGAAGUCCAUCAUCCCGGUGGUCAUGGCCGGGAUCAUCGCCAUCUACGGCCUGGUGGUGGCAGUCCUCAUUGCCAACUCCCUGAAUGACGGCAUCAGUCUCUACAGGAGUUUCCUUCAGCUGGGCGCGGGCCUGAGCGUGGGCCUGAGCGGGCUGGCAGCGGGCUUCGCCAUCGGCAUUGUGGGGGACGCGGGCGUUCGUGGUACCGCCCAGCAGCCGCGGCUCUUCGUGGGCAUGAUCCUCAUCCUCAUCUUCGCGGAGGUGCUUGGCCUCUACGGUCUCAUCGUCGCCCUCAUCCUCUCCACAAAGUAG